AUGUCAUUGCCAUUGACUUUACAGAGAUAUAUCAUUAAUGAAUGUUGGAAGGAUAGGUUUAUACCAAGACAAUGGAAAUACUCAAUGUCUUUGGUAUGUUGGCAAUGGUUCAAUCAUAUCUCUACGAGAUUGAUAGUAGAUGUACCUGUUACAUUGAUUACAGGUGGUGUACGUAAUCCCAAUGAUGAGGAUUACCUCAUUGACGUGACCAAUGAAGACAAGUUAUCCAUCGAUAUCAAGAACAGCCUCGAUCACAUGUUCAACACACGCUUCAACCUGCUCUCACACUCACGCGUGAUUGAACUACAUGUAUUUCCACUCAAGGUCAAUGACAUCCGCACGAGUCUCUUCCAUCUUGACCUAACAGAGUUUCUCAGACUACUGUCGAAUGGUGAACAAUGGGUGAUCAAGAUCAUAUUUGUCAACAGGCCUGUCAAGAUGAGUCUAUUCCUACGCCUAGAGAUGGAGGCAAUGCUCCGCAAGAUUGUUGGACACCCAAAUACGACGAUUGAGUUUAGUGGUGACUGUGACUUGAACUCAUACAUCGUGGAUCAAAUCAUGGCGGCGCGUAAAGUCACAAGAGUGAACUUCCGCGUCGUUGGCAGCGAGCCAGAAUACAACGAAAAACGUCUGGUCCACUCAUUGGUCGGACAUUGUCACACGCUACGUACUCUGCCUCAAGUGGACCUCACAGAGUACUGGAUACACAUGACGCCCAAGCUCAAUCGAUUCACUCAACUGACUUCGAUGAUGAUCUCCAGUGAUUAUGAAGAGAUUAUUGGACAACUCGCCCGUCAUUGCCCACAUUUUGAAACACUCGGCAUCAACUACACAUCGAGCUAUGAACGAAAGCAAAAAGGAUGGGAAUGUCUUUGCAAACUCAAGAUAUCCAAGCUGAAGCUGUUCCUCAUGUCGAGUGACCUGGUCACUCAGUUCAUGCAGAAGAUUGAUCAAGUGUCGAGUUUGAGCUUGAGCGCAUACUUUGACGCGCAUCCAUUCACUCUCAACCUGGGUCGUAACCUUAGACGUCUGUCGAUACCCUUGAACUUGGUGAAGUACAUCAAUAAGGACCCAGAGUAUUGUGGCGCCAACCUGACCAGUCUAAAGGUGUACGGGGACAACAUGGACGGCGAUCAUUAUGACGACUUAAGCACAUUCUUGGAGAACAAUGCACGAUCUCAAGGAGUAUCUGAUGCUGGUGGUCCACGACUCAAUCAUUUAAGUUACUGGUAUGAUACCAAGGCCAACACGGAAAUGCUCAACUUCUACUGCAGGGCAGUGUUUCCAAGAUUACAUCGAGCCAUUAUCAGACAUCCAACACUGGUCACGCUGACCACCAACAUGAACCGACCAAACCCAUCGAUGUUGUUACGUGAGUUGGCUGACAAUCAAACGAUCAAACUUGUGACAUGGAAAGCACCAACAGCCAACACAAUCAAAUUGAUCAACUAUCACAAACUAUUUGAUUAUGUCGACAUGCACAAGACUGUUGCCAAGUGCUAUCGAUACCUUGAUCCAGACCGGCCACGUCCAAACAAUUCAAACUUCUCC